CCGGGCAUUCUCGCCUUCAAUAAUGAUACCACUUUGUUAUAACCCCACUGCGUCCUGACCAACACUUUCGUCACGGCCGACUGCGUUGACGCAUUCAUUGCUUCUACAGAGAUGGGCCUUCAAGAGAGGUGAAAUACCAGGGAUCGGGAGCUGUACAUCACCUCUCCACCACGCACCUAGAACGAGCUUCAUGAUGUCGAAGCCAAAGAAGCCGGCAGCACUGAACAAGGUGCCACGGAGAGAUCCUUUGGCUUCCUUGAAGAUGGCCGACAUGUUGAUAUCCAAACCGACUCUUCCAGCAGAGGUUCUGGUCACGGUGGUCGACCACCUGGCGGUACCUGAUCUACUUCGAUUCGCUCGAGUGUCGCGCCGUAUGCAUGAGAUGAUAUAUGACGAUGCAAGAUGGGUCAAACGACUGAGAAUGAUGGGAUGUUGGAAUGAUACUGAAGCGAGGAGAAGAGCAGAGCCUCCAAAAACACCAACCACUCCAGGUCAAAGGCGUACAACAUUGGAUCGCAACGUGGUGAAUGGGAAGGGAAGACCAGAAGUUUUGUUUGACAUGGAUGCGUCCCCAGUCAUUCAAUCCCGUCAAACAAACCUCCUUUCACCCUUGCGGCUUCGGUCGGCUGAAGCGGAUGGGUUUGACGUGGCUGAGAUUUCGAGCCCGCGGACUCCUGCCUCUACAGGAGUAGCUGUCGACCACGAUGCGCCUUUGUCGGCAUUCUCGAAGGUCAAAUCCAUUCGAGGUCGGGCCAGACAGGAGUAUGGCAAGAUCUACAAACUUCUAGCCCCAUACCAUAACGAUCUGCUCUCUGCUUCCAAUCCGAUGCACAGCCGUAUAUUCAAGGAUUUCUCUCUCCCGGAUCAGCAAGCUCAACUACUAACAAACGUUCGGAUCUUCUCUGCCAGCGAUUUCUCGCCUGGCUCGGGCGAGAGGGGCCGACAGAUCUCGGAAGCCGUUGCUAUGUUCGACACCGCAGCUCUGUUGGAGUUUCGGAAAGGGUACGAGUUCAAGGAUAUACAAGGGCGAAUGCGCCAGUACGCAAGGGUCAUGCAUAUUCUCAAUGGUGGGAAGAGCGGUGUCGACCUCUUCUUGCAUGACAACAACAUGAUCAACCAAAGAGCAGAACUCGGCUCCGUGACAGAUUGCAUUGACUACUCUCUAGGUUAUGGCCAACUGUCCUUGGAAAGGGUUCAAGCAUAUUUCGAACGAUUAGGCAAUGCCUUCGUGCAGGAAAAUGGCAUUGUUCAAGCUGUAUUUCCGAAUGCGCAAGAGGUCUCCCUUCUUCUCCUUGAAGAGGUCGCCAAGGAGAUCCUCUCGCCCUUUCUAUCUGCACUGUUCGAAGAUGCUCGGACUCGGGGAACGUCCAUAUAUCUCCGAAUCAUAUCGGGAACGUUCCAGGCGACCAGACAGUUUAUUGAAAAUGUGGCCCUGCCCGAGGACGUUGAUGAAUCCAUUAUAGCGCGAUGCAAUGCCAUUGGAACCGAGAUCUUUGCACCUCAUCUCGAGCCCUAUCUCGCUGAAGAAUUAGCUUUCUUUCGCCACAAAGCAGAUUCGGAAGUCGAGCAAUGGGAUCGCGCUUUGUCUGAACAAGCCGCCUCGACGGAGAGCUUUCUCAUGUCUAAUGUGAACCGGCACGCCGAUAAGAAGGACUUCAUGACAUCGUUCAAGCAAGUGCUCAUGAUGCCGGUCAAUAUUCUGCCCGUCUUCACCGGCUCGUCCGCCAACAAGGCCGUUCCCAAGCACCUCGAUGGCGAUGUUGCUCCCUCGUCGAGACCUGCCACUCCCAACCAGUUCGGUCCUCGAGCCACGACACCGGCCUUACCAUCUGAGGCCCCGACCAAUGAACUCGCUGCUAAAGCUGCUCUAAUGAACUCCAAGCUAGAGAACAUCCGAUCACUGUUCUCUAUUGAAGUUGCUCUCAACCUCGUCCAUGCCGCCAAGGCUUCGCUAGACCGUGCCGCACAAUUCAUCGCGCUGGGGGGUGAAGCCGGCAAAACUGCUCGCGCACAAUGUUCUGCCAUCUUCAUCUUGCUCGUACAAACUGUGGGGAUCCGUCACGUCAAGACCGGCUUUGACAAGGCCAUUGACCAUCUGUCGCAUUACUCGGCGCGCGAGACGAAUACCAACUCCGAAGGUGACUCGUCCACAGCCGUCCAAGUCGCGCCCCUCGCGACUUUUCUUGAGCUCGUCAACGUGGGUGACCUCAUCCAGCAAAUGCUCGACGUUUUCUAUGAGUCGGAGUUAGUGCGCCUGCGUAUUUCCAAUCGGGACGAUUUUCUGGACGUCAAUGUGAAAGAGAAGCGCAAGUUCGAAGCUAUGCUCGAUGAAAGCGUCGCUGCCGGUUUGGGAAAAGGCAUUGACGUGCUGAUGGAUGAAGUCGAGUACAUCUGUGCCACUACUCAGUUGGCCACCGAUUUCUAUCCGGAAUUGGCCUUCCAAGAUGCCAAUGCGACGCAUCACGCAAGCACAAUGACCUCGAUAUUGAACGGUGGCACGAGCAGACCAUCCAGUAUAGCGAGUACAAUGCCCGUGAUGGACUUUUCGGGCAAGCCCACGGCAACGGCAUCGCGCGUGAUCAAGCUUGUCGCCCACCAUACAGGCAUGCUCACAGGGGCGACCGAAAAGACUCUCCUGGACGUCUUCACGACAGAAGUUGGGCUACGGCUCUUUACCGCGCUGACGAAACACAUCAAACGCCAGCGAAUCUCGUGCGCGGGCUCCCUGAACUUGCUGAGCGACCUUACCGCAUACUCACAGUUCAUCGCCACGUUCAAGAAUCCGGACUUGAACAGUUACUUCACAGCCCUAAGGUCAUUGGCGCAGAUAUACCUGAUACAAGGCACCAGUGACAGGGACGUAAGAGAAAUGAGCACGAUUAUCGCGGACCAAGAGAGGUAUAAGGGUGUCUUUACUGUUGAGGAGGUCGUGGAGUUUGCAGAGAGGAGGAGCGAUUGGUUAUCGCUGAGAGCGAGAGUGGAGGGCAAGGUGAAAGGGGAUGGCUGCAUCGUCAUGUAGGUUGAAGUUUGGGCGCCGUUAGCGAUUCUGUUUCAAUCUAUCGAGACCUCCGACCUGCUCUUGAGGUGCGUCCCACGGGCUCCUGUGCCGACGUCUCUCGUUGUCGCCCUGUACGGCUCCCGUACUAUCAGAACAGCUCCCACCUUUGCCGUAACGUCUUCCC